AAUCUAUAAAUCUAUGUAAAAGUUAAAGAAACCUAAUGCGACGCAUUCAUACAGCGGUCUACGUACACAUCAUGUCGAAGAACAAGGGAAAAGGCAAAGCAACGAGCAAGCCCGGUGAGGCGACCACACCACCAGUCUCCAAUACGCCGGUCACACUGGACAAGAGUGGCAACAUUGCUAUCAAAAUUCUGGCCAAGCCUGGCGCCAAACAGAAUGGCAUCACAGACAUUGGACUAGAAGGCGUUGGCGUACAAAUUGCAGCACCCCCCAGCGAAGGAGAAGCCAAUGCCGAACUGGUGAAAUUCCUGUCUAAAGUGUUGGGACUUCGCAAGAGCGAUGUAUCGCUCGACAAGGGCUCCCGUUCCCGCAAUAAAAUAAUACUCGUUAGCAAAGGCGUCACCACCGUGGAGGCUAUAGAACAAUCAUUGCGAAAAGAAUGUGAAUCAUAACCACACUUUGUAAAUAAACGACUAGAAAAAUACUUUUUUAUGCUUUAUUAUCGAUGCGAUCAUCCAAUCUUAUUACAUAUUCCAUUUAAUACCUAACGCAUAUGUAGUCUUUGUGUGUGUGUGUUUUUUUCUUCAUUACAUAAAUUACUUGGAUUCUAAAUUAGGAAUUUCUUAACGACAACUGCUCUUACAUAGUGAAUGUGUAAAUCCUAUUAUUACAUAUUUCUUGAAUUUUUUUUUUGAAUGAGUUAAGCGUAUUACUGUCGCAUAUAACGCGACACAACGUAAAUACAAAUUACAAAUGUCAACGAAACAUUAAAUAACUCUGCUGUCAAG